UUUCCGGUUCCGGUGAAGAUGGCGGAGAAAGGGAAAGCGGAAGCCGGCGGGAGGGUGAAGAUCGGACAUUACAGCCUGGGGGACACCCUGGGGGUGGGGACAUUCGGGAAAGUGAAGGUUGGGAUGCACGAGUUAACUCAGCACAAGGUUGCAGUGAAAAUCCUGAACCGCCAGAAGAUUCGCAGCCUUGACGUCGUCGGCAAAAUCCGUCGGGAGAUCCAGAACCUCAAACUCUUCAGACACCCGCACAUCAUCAAACUGUACCAGGUGAUCAGUACUCCGACAGACAUAUUCAUGGUGAUGGAAUACGUGGCAGGUGGGGAACUCUUCGAUUACAUCUGUAAGAAUGGGAAGCUGGACGAGAAGGAGAGCAGACGCCUCUUCCAGCAGAUCAUCUCAGCGGUCGAUUACUGCCAUCGACACAUGGUGGUGCACCGGGACCUGAAACCAGAGAACGUGCUGCUGGAUGCACAGAUGAAUGCCAAAAUUGCCGACUUUGGUCUCUCAAAUAUGAUGUCAGAUGGAGAGUUCCUGAGAACCAGCUGUGGCUCCCCCAACUAUGCUGCCCCUGAGGUUAUUUCCGGAAGGCUGUACGCUGGGCCGGAGGUGGAUAUCUGGAGCUGUGGAGUGAUACUCUAUGCUCUGCUGUGUGGCACUUUACCAUUUGAUGAUGAUCAUGUCCCCAUGCUCUUUAAGAAGAUCUGUGAUGGGAUCUUUUACACACCGCAGUACCUCAACCCGUCUGUCAUCAGCCUCCUCAAGCACAUGCUGCAGGUUGACCCGAUGAAGAGAACUACCAUCAAGGACAUCCGGGAGCACGAGUGGUUUAAGCUGGAUCUGCCUAGGUACCUGUUCCCAGAGGAUCCUGCCUACAGCACCAGCAUGAUCGAUGAUGAGGCCCUGAAGGAAGUGUGUGAGAAGUUUGAGUGCAGCGAGGAAGAGGUGUUGAACUGUUUGUACAGCCGUAACCACCAGGACCCGCUGGCUGUGGCCUAUCACCUCAUCAUCGACAAUCGGCGCAUUAUGAACGAGGCCAAAGAUUUCUACCUGGCUUCCAGCCCACCAGACAGUGCCUCCUUCCUUGACGAUCAGCACUUUGUCUCCAGGGUUCACCCCGAGCGGGUGCCCUUCCUGGUAGCAGAGGCUGCCCCCAGGCCCCGGCACACCCUGGACGAGCUGAACCCCCAGAAAUCCAAACAUCCCGGGGUACGCAGAGCCAAGUGGCACCUGGGCAUCCGGAGCCAGAGCCGGCCAAACGACAUCAUGGCCGAAGUGUGUCGUGCCAUGAAACAGCUGGGCUAUGAGUGGAAGGUGGUAAACCCCUACUACUUGCGAGUUCGGAGAAUGAACACCACCACAGGGACAUUUUCCAAGAUGAGUCUUCAGUUGUACCAGGUGGACAGCCGCACCUAUCUGGUGGAUUUCCGCAGCAUUGAAGCGGAAGAGGUGAUUGAGCCCAGAUCCGGUUCCACCACUCCUCGGCGUUCCGGCUCCAUCAGCAGCUAUCACCGGAGCGGUUCAAAAAACGACUCGGACACAGAUUCUACGGGGAAGCCUGCUGACGGGACCAUGUCGUGGUCUGGGACCUCACUGGCCGAGUCUGGCCUCCCCUCUGAGCUGAGCCCAAGGCCUGGCAGUCACAUCAUUGAAUUUUUUGAAAUGUGUGCCAAUCUGAUUAAGCUACUGGCUCGAUAAUGGAUGCCAGUUCCUCCUUUCUCUGUCUCCGCAUUACAGUCUGAUCAACUUUCACACGCAAUGCACAAAGCAACAUGGAGAAACAGAUUAAUGCUUCGAAACAUCUUGCUCUAAACUUCUAUUUCACCUUGAGCGUUAAGCUACUGCCGGCAGUGUGAAUCAGGAAGUGAGGCUGAGAGUUUAGAGUUACUUAUGUGUUCCCUUCUCUCUGUGUCACUUGCUAGUCCUGUCCUUAGCUGUCUGUAGCUGGUGGUACGCUGAUGUGAAUCCAUUGCUUUGCUGCGUCUUUUACAACGUGGAAGUACUAUGUGUCGGACUGGAGCCCAGUGUUUGCCCCCUGCACCCCCCUCUGAUCUAGUUGUCCAAUGUCUGUCCAUUGAUUGGAACUGACCCAAAUCCAACUCGACAAGUGAAUUCAGUGAGGGAUGAGCAGAAUUGUCUGGCAGCCUUUCAAGUAGAGAGGCUUGACAGUGUCAAGUCCCUUAAGAUGCACCACAGCCAACACCACCGUGCAGCAGUGUUCCAUACACUGGCGUUGGGUUGUCUGCUCUGUGAUAGUCUCAACCGUAGUGAACGACCCCUCUCAGGGCUUUUGUCCACAGAUCAUUGCACAGUUUUAAACUCUUUAUUCUGGAAGUGUUAGCUUGACCUCUUUCUAAGGUGGUUUCCUCAAAGGAACUCAUGGAUUCUGUCCCCUCAGCUGUUUGGAAAUCAGCUGGCCAUAAGAGUUUAUAGCUUACUGGAGCCUGCGUAUUGGAACUCAAUGCCCUGUCUGAUUUGGGGAGAGCUGCAACUGGAAAGAUAAGUCCUGAGUUAGCUAGUUGUAUUUAUAUAAUAAUUUUAUUACAGUAAGAGAUCCCAGUUCCCUGAGCUCUGGAUUUGCCAGAUUGUACUUUCUUUGUACUGGUUGCUGCCUGUGACAGUGUGACAGCCAUCAAAUGGUCAGGGUUUUCCAUUAGGGAUUCGUUGACUCAUCUGCACAGGUUGAGAUGCUAGCUGUCCUUCAGGCAUUGGUCACUGUUAGAGCCUUGGUAUUGGGACUGAAUGGUCAGUGUGGUCUGGGAAAUGGUGGUGAUGGGGAGGUGGGGGUGAUGCCUGUAGGAAGCCAAAUGUCUCAGGCUCUGAGACCUGUUCAAAUGGAGCCCAGAUCAAGAGAUGGAAGCUGCCUUUUACCGUGUUCUAAACUCGGGAGUUUGAGGCAACCGCAUGGUGGCUCACAGCAACAAGUGCUCUGGGAACACAAGCACAUGGCCAUUCAUUGUGAAUUUUUCUAUCACCUUUUUAGAAUAAAGGGUAGUUGAGUAGGAGAUCAGGAAUUUAACACUGUAGAGGGAGGGAGGUAGUAGGUCUUGGGCAAUGUGGAAUCACAGAAUUGUUUCAGUGUAGAAGGAGGCUAUUCGUACCAUCAUGUCUGCACCGGCUCUCCGAGCAUUUUAACUUAGUGCCAGUCUCCUGCCUUUUCCCCAUAACCCUGCACAUUGUUUCUAUUUAAAUAAUCAUCCAAUGCCCUCUUGAACGCCUCAAUUGAGCCUGCCUCCACCACACUUCCAGGCCGUGCAUUCCAAACCCUAACUACUUGCUGUGAGAAAAAGCUUUUUUUCACCUCACACUUGCUUAUUUUGGAAAACACUUUAAAAUUGUGCCCUCUGGUUCUCGAUCCGUUUACGAGCAGGAACAGUUUCUCCCUAUCUACUCUGUGCAGGCUCCUCAUGAUUUUAAAAACUUCUAUCAAGUCUCCUCUUAUCCUUCUCCUCUCCAAGGAAGUAUCGAACCCUGUGUUGUGCCUCCUCUGGGAGUUCCAUAAAAAAAUUCCAUAAAAGAAUAAAUAAAAAGUAUCACUGGCAAGGCCAGCAUUUGUUGCCCAUCAUUAAUUGCCCUUAAAGUGAGUGGCUCACGAGGUCAUUUCAGAGGGCAUUUAAGAGUCAAC